GCACAGUUAGCACAAAUCGAGACCGCAUAGCCGAUAAGCGGAAUAUAAACAUCCGAAUCACCAUCCAGCUGCAUCAUCAUCAACAAUCACAACUUAUCGGACCACCCGGAGACCAAGAAUAAACAAUCAACCGUUCACAAGAAUCGAUAUCAGCAUCGCGCUGAUGCCAUGAAUAAACAUUCCCACAUUCAAGAUGUUGUAAACACAAAUCAUUGAUAUAUAUAAGCAGGGACAAUGAAUGUAAGGUUAGAGUUAAAUUUGAAUAGUGAAUAGAUGCACAUCGUGUGCUCGAAAAGAAGAAAUUGUUUUUUUUAAGUAAAGUUUAGUGUUUAAGAUUAACUGGCGCCCGAAUAGGGACCUUGCCAAGUGAAAGUAGUGCCAAGGAAGUGAGACAAGUGAAGUGAUAGGGUGAACGAUAGAGUUACCACCCACACUAUCCGAAAAAAAUAUCCGAACGCACGAAGCCUCUCUGGACCGCAGGACCUCUGCAGCCGUGUGGAAGAGCCCCUCAGUAGCCACAACAGUUAGAAGCUCGCUUGUGGACCGAACAGGAAUUUGCCGCCACACUGGGAAGGAAGGAAGACACUUCAAGGAUCCCGACCAACCAGUCUCGCUGAACCCGCCAGCGGUUGGAUAAAUCAAAAGGUGAUAAUAGGACAUCGAGACAAAAGUACUGGACACGCGCACCGAAGCUUUUCGAGACGUCACUGAAAGAGGAUUGACAUCCGAAAGUACGUUGUUCCGCAGUCUUGUGGUGUUCCCACAAGAUGUUCAGGAUUUACAUACGUAAACAAAAGGCCAACAUAACAGUCCACUUCGACAAAAACGCUGAGACCAUCCUAAUAAAUGAGCCACCAAAAACAACGGAAAUUAAACCUGACACCAACAACACAGAGGAAUUAUCAGACGAAAGAAAAAAAACAACUUCAAGCAUUCUUUGAUGCACCAACACCAUUACGCACCAUCCAAAAGUAAACUUUGAGGACAAAGCAAUCAAGAGGGGAGGAGUUAGCACAGUUAGCACAAAUCGAGACCGCAUAGCCGAUAAGCGGAAUAUAAACAUCCGAAUCACCAUCCAGCUGCAUCAUCAUCAACAAUCACAACUUAUCGGACCACCCGGAGACCAAGAAUAAACAAUCAACCGUUCACAAGAAUCGAUAUCAGCAUCGCGCUGAUGCCAUGAAUAAACAUUCCCACAUUCAAGAUGUUGUAAACACAAAUCAUUGAUAUAUAUAAGCAGGGACAAUGAAUGUAAGGUUAGAGUUAAAUUUGAAUAGUGAAUAGAUGCACAUCGUGUGCUCGAAAAGAAGAAAUUGUUUUUUUUAAGUAAAGUUUAGUGUUUAAGAUUAACUUGUGUCCUGAGGACUUUCCUCAACGCGGGGAACAAGGUACGCGCGAUCAACACAUUCGCGGUUCCCCUGCUGACCUUCAGUUUUGGUGUAGUCAAAUGGAGCAAAACUAACCUAGAGGACCUUGAGAGGAGGAUGAGGAAAGCAUUCAAAGAGGCCGGAAUGCACCAUCCUCAAUCGGCACUGGAGAGAGUUUCACUACCACGCAAAGAAGGGAGACUUGGAAUUGUCGACAUUUCUGCACUGUGUGUUGCCCAGGUACGACAACUGCGCGAGUACUUCGCAGAACGCGCCAACCAAAACGCGCUAUACCGGGCUGUCUGCGCCGCCGACAGAGGAUACAGCGCUCUGCACUUGGCGCAAGCGGAGUACCAACUCAACUGCAAUCUGCAGACAGUGGAGGAGAAGAUUGCAGCUUGGAAGCAGAAGGCAGUGCAUGGUGCCCACCCCCAUCAACUGGACCGGCCACACGUCGACAAGGCCGCAUCUAAUCUGUGGCUAACGCGUGGUGAACUCUCUUCAGUAGUAGAAGCCGACAUGAUAGCCAUCCAGGACAGGAUAAUGCCGACGAGAAACUGCAGGCGGUACGUCUGGCAUCAAGACGUUGAUGACAUUUGCCGGAUGUGCCAUCAACCAGGUGAAAACAUAGAGCACAUUAUGGGAGGCUGUCCCGUUUUGGCCAACGCAGCCUACACCGAGCGCCACAACAACGUGGCCCGUAUUGUUCAUCGACAACUGGCGCUCCAAUGUGCUCUACUGGAAGACAACGUACCAAACUACCGGUACCUGCCUGCACCUGUCCUGGAAAACGACCGUUUCAAGCUGUACUGGGAUCGUACUGUUCUGACCGACCUCUCGAUCCACCACAACCGCCCAGAUAUAAUGGUUUACGACAAGAGCGACCGCAAAGUCACCAUCAUCGAUGUCGCUAUUCCACUGAACCAGAAUCUGGAGGAGACCCACGGUCGCAAAAUCUGCAAGUACCGACCAUUGGCCGUGGAGCUCAAGGAACUGUGGGGGCUAAGGGAGGUCCCAAGAAUUGUUCCAGUCGUUCUCUCUGGAACUGGAAUUAUCCCGAAGACACUUCUGGAAGCGCUAAAGGUGUUGAACAUCGAGAAGGAAUUGGCCGGCAUCCAAAAGUCGGUCAUCCUUAGCACCUGCGCGAUUGUCCGACAAUUCCUCGGUCAGGACUAAAACAGCACGAGCAUGCAGAUACGUGCAUUCCG